AUAGCAAUAGCUAAUCAGUUACUGCUGACUAUAGCCACUGUACGGUUCGGAUGCUUUGAAAAAAAGAAAAAUUCUUACGUUAAUUGUUUAUUAAUUUUAUAUUGAUUUGUGAAUUUAAACUACAAUACCAACAAACAAAAUGAGUUUAAGUCGGUUGCGGUUGAUUACAUUCGAUGUCACAGAUACACUACUAAAAUUCCGCACUAGCCCUGGAAAGCAAUAUGGAGAAAUUGGAGCUAUGUUUGGAUUACGAUGUGAAGAUCAAGAACUUGCGUUGAAUUUUAAAAAUAGUUGGCGACGAAUGAACAGAGCACACCCGAACUUUGGAAAAUACUCAAAACUAGGUUGGCAAAAUUGGUGGAUGCAGUUAAUUGAUUCUACUUUUGCUGAAAGUGGUGCCAAAAUCCAACCAGAAAAACUCCCAAAAUUCACAGAAACCCUCCUAGACUUGUACAAAACUAGUGCAGCUUGGCAACAUGCCAACGGAGCCAUCGAACUCCUCAAAUACCUUCGAAUGCAACAACAGUUGGGUACCAAAGAACAAGGCAAACCACCAUUUGCACUCGGUGUCAUAUCCAACUUUGAUCCUCGUUUAGAUGUUUUACUGCGCAACAUGAAAAUCCAACAUUUCUUUGACUUUGUUGUGUGUUCCUAUGACGUCAAAGCUGAAAAACCUAGUAAAGAUAUUUUCAAAAUAGCCAUGAGAUAUUCCGAAAUGGAGAAUCUCAAGCCUGAGGAGUGUUUGCAUAUAGGAGAUACACCAAUUAGUGAUUAUUUGGGUGCCAAGGAUGCAGGAUGGAAUGCUGCAUUGAUUCAUGAGAAAGAUCCUCCAUAUCUAUCUAAUAAAUAUGGAGAAAAGAUUCAAGAGUUUUAUGUGUUUCCAAGUUUGUAUGAUUUCCAUAGGAAACUAUCAAAUAAUUUUAUUACUUGGUAGGAGAGGAUUUAGGAUUUUAAGAUAACUUUUGACUGAAAAAUACAUUUUUUUAUUUAAUAAACGAAAAACAAAUAUUUA